GAGAAAUAUGUGUAGGAAAGUUUGUUUGAGUACAACUAUCUGAAUGAGUGAGAUUCCUAAAUGAAUAAAGAGUAUCUGGUAAACAGCGUGACCAUGUGCAUUUUAUCAUAAUAUUUUAAAAUUAAAACCGUUGAAAAGAAAUAAUUAGCUCAAGUUUACUCACUACAACACUUAACGAUAAUGACAUGUCUUAAGAGUUUAAUUAUUGUUACUGCGGAAGUAAAUAACAUUCAUCAACAGAUAGGAUAUACACUCGGCAUUCAUUUUGCAAAAUGAGUGUAAAAUGUGAAGAAAACGUGUUAAAUAAGAAGGGAAAAUAUGACAUGGGAACCAUUUUGUGUUUAGUUGUUCUCCUAAACACGCCUUGUGCUUCAUGUCUUUCAAGAUUUAUACUUGAAGUGGCCAAACAAGACAUUGGAGAUGUUAAACAAAGGCUUGUCAACAUUGGAUUAGUUUACGUUUUCAAGGUUACUGACGAGUUUUACGUAUUCGAGUCAAACGAUGGAGCGAAACUUGCAGACACUAUAAAACACGCAGCUAAAGGAAAAGUGAAGAACAUUUAUGAGGAUACAAGUAUGUUUCCCGAAGCUGGUGAAGACGCCGGGACCGCUGCAGGCGACGAUGAUCGAUGGGGUAUGCCCAAAUCGGACUUCGAACAAUGUCCUCCGUUCUUCGACACUGCUCAGCAAAUAGAUAUGACAUGGGAGGAUGGUUUUACUGGAAGAAAUGUCACAAUUGGAGUGAUUGAUAUCGGUAUUGAUGUCGACAAUCCUGACCUUCAAGAAAAUAUUAAUGUGGGUUUGUCAUAUAAUUUUGUCGAUAACAACCCAAAUCCAAAACCAGAUUUCUUCCAUGACUAUCCCGAAAGUUUACCUUUCACCAAUCAUGGGAACGCUUGUGCUGGGGUCAUAGCUGGAAUAAGGAGCAAUAAUAACUGUACGGUGUGUGGUUGUGGUGUGGCUUACCAUACAAACAUUGCAGCUUUGAAGGCAGGUCGUAUCCGAAUGUAUCACUGGGAUAGGUAUCCAGACAUGACAUCCAGCUCGUUUUCAGCCGCACUCGGCCACAAGAAUCAGGAUAUUCAUAUAUAUUCAAACAGUUGGAACUUUGCCAAACCCUUUACUAGGCUGGAGCCUUUUACUGAGCGAGUUAUUUGGAAAGGCAUUGAACAGGGAAGAGGAGGACUUGGAAGUGUUUACGUGUUUCCGGCUGGAUACCCCGGAGAUGGCUUUGCUAACCACUUACAAACAAUUGCCGUCAACAAUAUCGGGGUAAAUGGAAGAGUACCCGAAAAUGCCGUUAAAAGUUCAGCUACCCUUGUGUCUGCCUUUGGACAAGGACGAACUAGAUCGGACACAGGGAUGCUCACCGUUACUCACACAUCACGGAGACGUGACGGUAGAAAUUGCUCUAAUACAUUCGGCGGACCCUCGGCAGCCACUGCUAUUAUCUCUGGAAUAAUCGCUCUUUCUCUUCAAGCAAAUCCACAAUUAACGUUGCGAGAUAUUCAACAUUUACUAGUGGAAUCUGCUGGGUACAUUGGACUUGCGGAGUCCUCAGGCUUCAAGAAAAACUGUGCCGGAAGAUACUUUCACAACGUAUUUGGUUUUGGUUACGUGCAAACGCUGAAAAUGGUUCACUUAGCAAAGACUUGGAAACCGCUUUUGCCGUUGCUUACUCAAUCGCGCAUAUCGUUUGAUGUCACGCAGAGUGGCAACGAUUCCAGCCCAGAAGUAAUUUCUACGUUCAAUAAUAUUUGCACAAAUCAACCACAUUGUAUUGAAAACAUUGAAAAGGUAGUCGUUCACAUUAACUUCGUAUAUCCGAAGCACACUAGGAGCAUUCUGUCAGUUAUUUCACCGUGUGGCACAGAAUCAAUUCUUCUAGAUCACAUAGGAGAGCCACCGGAGGAUGAAAGCGACUUUGGCAAAAAUGAAGGAGUUAAUAUCGAUGCAUCGUUUCUUUCAAAUCACUUCUGGGGAGAAAACGUAAACGGAAGUUGGCUCGUCACACUAACCGGCCUGGGAUGUGAUUCGCAUGAGUUAUGUUCCAUUUAUCAAACAGAAUUAAUAUUUUAUGGGACUAACGAGAACGUUGUUAAGGAUGAUUCGUCAACGCAGACUUCAGCAACAGUUUCAGAUAUAAAUACAAGUGUAGCAGUAACUACUGGAUCCAAAAGCCAUCACAGCAAUGUAGGUGUCAUCAUCGUCGUUGUUGUCGUUGGUGCCUUUGCUUGAAUUGCUGCUGUCUUUGGAGAACUAUUAUUCUAUCGUCGCCAUCGCAAUCGCCCUAAAAUAUUUGAAAGAGAGAAUAUACAGUUGGCGGAGUCCUCGGCUUAUGAAAUUGCUUCAUAACGCCGAAUUUUACUUAAAUAUAAAGUUUAAGGUAUGCCCAAAAGUACCAUUUACGUGUAUGCGAGACGGAUCGAAACAUCCGACCAUGGAGCACUCUGCGUGGACACCCUCGGCUUCCGGCUCGCAUUUUUCGAUCCGCCCCGCUUACACGCAAAGAUAUUUGCUGAUAAAACUCGUUCUAUAAAAUAUAGUCAUCGACCAAGCAUUCAGGCUUAAACUUUGAUAAUAAUUAGUUUUUUACGCUCAUUUAUAUAUCACAAAAACAAUAUUGCACCGAAUGUCAAUCCUUGAGGCAGAUUUUAAUUAUUUUAUAAAUAAGAAGAAUUCAACGACGUUUCCGAUAAAUGUUUUAUUUUAAGUUCGCGCAAAAGUACUGGACAGGGUCAACCAUGUCAAAAGGAUUCUUUAGGUAAAAAAAAAAUUCCCAAGAAAAUUCCUUUAUAUGUGUCCUUCAGGCAUGUAUCAAUUAGUUUGAUAUGUAACGUAUGGAACAAAUGGUAUUUCGAAACCCUGAUUGAGCUUUAUGAAGAAUGUAAGUUUUUUGUUAAAUAUAAAUGAAUUUAUGCGGCAAUUAGCUUUAUAAAUUUUGAAAUAAAAAGUAAAAUACAUAAAGGUCGAUAAAUGCUCCGCAUAUCCUUUUCUCCAGCUUUAAUUUAUAACUUGGUAAUGUCUUUUUCAGGAAAGGUAAAAUACUGAUACCUAGAUCUUCGUUUAACUUUUUAUUAAAGAAUGUGAUUGUUGAUUUGCAAAUAAGCAGUUUUCGUUAUAUCAUUUGCUAUAUUCACAAAAUUAUUAUGUAUUAAUCAACAAUAUUGUGUGGGGUUUUAAUGACAGUUUCUUUUCUAAUGAAACAUUGUGGUAUCACUAUAUCAACUAUCGGAUGCAACUGAGAUAUAUCAACUAACGGAAACAACUGAGAUAUAUCAACUAUCAGAUGUAAAUGAGAUAUAUCAACUAUCGGAUGUAAAUGAGAUAUAUCAACUAUCGGAUGCAACUGAGAUAUAUCAACUAACGGAAACAACUGAGAUAUAUCAACUAUCAGAUGUAAAUGAGAUAUAUCAACUAUCGGAUGCAACUGAGAUAUAUCAACUAACGGAAACAACUGAGAUAUAUCAACUAUCAGAUGUAAAUGAGAUAUAUCAACUAUCGGAUGUAAAUGAGAUAUAUCAACUAUCGGAUGCAACUGAGAUAUAUCAACUAACGGAAACAACUGAGAUAUAUCAACUAUCAGAUGUAAAUGAGAUAUAUCAACUAACGGAAACAACUGAGAUAUAUCAACUAUCAGAUGUAAAUGAGAUAUAUCAACUAUCGGAU